UGGACCAGACCGCUCUAUAGAGUCCAGUGGGCUGGAUGCUUCUAGCCUGUUUGGUUUGGUGGCUAACAGCACUGAGGGGGGUUACACACGCAGGUGUUGUCUUGAUGUGAACAGGUAACAAGGACUUCAAUCAAUCUCCCUCUAUCCCAUUUCAUGCCGUUUUCCAGGCAGGACUCAUGCUGAACCUUUGACAGUGCCUGGGUCACCAGAGAUAGGAGGACUACCAUGCUUCCCUGCUGUGCGGUCAGGACGUGCCAUGUGCUGGUGCUGGUGCUGUGUCUGUCUGCGGCUGAGGACUUCGACUGGACAAAGAACGACCGCGGCUCCUUCUAUUAUGGGACUUUUCCAGCUGGAUUUUCGUGGGGUGCCGGCAGUUCAGCCUAUCAAACAGAAGGAGCCUGGGACCAAGACGGUAAAGGACUGAGUAUCUGGGACGUGUUCUCUCACAGGAAGGGAAAGAUACUGCAGAACGACACCGGAGACACUUCCUGCCAGGGAUACUACAAAAUCAAGGAGGACAUCUCCCUAAUGAAAGAGCUGAAGCUGGACCACUAUCGCUUCUCCAUCUCCUGGCCUCGUAUCAUGCCUACUGGGAUCAAAUCUGACCAUGUGAAUGAGAAAGGCAUAAAGUACUACGAUGAGUUGAUUGACAACCUGUUGGAGAACAAGAUCACUCCCAUCGCUACUCUGUACCACUGGGAUCUACCUCAGGUCCUCCAGGAGAAGUACGGAGGAUGGCAGAACAUCAGCAUGGUCAACUACUUCAAUGAGUUUGCCAACCUGUGUUUUGAGAGAUUCGGAAACAGAGUGAAGUACUGGAUCACCUUGAACAACCCAUGGUCGGUGGCAGUGGAGGGCUAUGAGACAGGUGAGCACGCUCCUGGACUGAAGCUGAGAGGAACAGGGGCCUACCGGGCCGCGCAUCACAUGAUCAAGGCCCAUGCUAAAGUCUGGCACACCUAUGACACCAAGUGGAGAGAAAAACAGAAAGGCCUGGUGGGCAUCUCUCUGUCUGGAGAUUGGGGCGAACCGGUAGACAUCAGUAACCAGAAGGACAUCGAGGCAGCAGAGCGAUACGUCCAAUUCUACAUUGGCUGGUUCGCCACUCCCAUCUUCCACGGGGACUAUCCACAAGUCAUGAAGGACUUUAUUGGUCGUAAGAGCGCCCAGCAGGGUCUGGGUACGUCCCGCCUCCCCACCUUCUCUUCCCAGGAGAAGAGCUACAUUAAGGGUACCUGUGACUUCCUGGGUAUCAGUCACUUCACCACGCGCUACAUUACCCAGAAGAACUACCAGUCGGGACACGGCGGCAGCAGCAGCUACUUCACUGACAGAGACCUAGCUGAACUGGUGGACCCCCGCUGGCCUGAUCCUGGAUCAGAGUGGCUCUACUCUGUCCCCUGGGGGUUCAGACGCCUGCUCAACUUCGUCAAGGCCCAGUACCGAAACCCGAUGAUCUACGUGACAGAGAACGGGGUGUCGGAGAAGAGCAUGUGUACUGAGCUCUGUGAUAACUGGAGAAUACAGUACUAUAAGGACUAUACCAACGAGAUGCUGAAAGCCAUCAAAGACGGAGUGAACGUGCGCGGCUACACCGCCUGGUCUCUGCUGGACAAGUUUGAGUGGGACGAGGGCUACUCCGAGAGGUUCGGCCUGUACUACGUAGACUUCAGGAACCAGAAUAAACCACGUUACCCAAAAGCCUCGGUUCAGUACUACAAACGCAUCAUCAGCUCCAACGGAUUCCCCAACCAGAGAGAGGUGAGGACCAUUUACUAG